AUGAACCGAGUUUCGGUUCCUGGAAGCCCUCGAUCCCAUUACUCACCACGACUGUUGAACGGUCAUGCCGAGCCAGUGCAGGAGAGGCAUCAAAGGUUUUCCGAUCCAGAUCCGUUGGAUACGGUUUCGCGAACGGCACGGGUACCUCCUCCCAAGAUCUACCCAACGGGCACAGUUCGAAGAACGGAAAGUUUCAAUUCUGCGCCUGGAGUAUUAGCAAACACGCUCUGCACUCGAUCCGCACCAUACCUCCUUCCCCUCGGACGUAUGGCCGACCCCCUUCAACGAUACACCGAUCCGCGAAUGAUGAACUCCCCGUUGUCGCGAAAUCAAGAAGCUCUGUCAAGGUCGCUGUGCUCACCAGUGUUGCCGAGACCGCUAAGGACGCUUGACAACAAGAGCAACUCUUUACCUCCGGCGGAAGAGGCUAGAGCGAGGUGA